AUCAUCACCAGUUUGACGUCCCGCAGCCUCAACCACCACCCACCGUCACCUCAACCCGCCACGGAAUAACCCUCAUCCCGAAGCCCUCUCCAAUAACUCACAUCCAUCUCACAACAUCCAGACAACGACAAUGGAGAACGGUAACAUCAGCCAGGGCGAGGGCAAGGACCCCUCCAGCUUCCUCAGCGACAUCAUUGGCAACCCCGUCACCGUGAAGCUCAACUCAGGCGUCGUCUACAAGGGUGAGCUCCAGUCUGUCGAUGGCUACAUGAACAUCGCGCUGGAGAAGACGGAGGAGUACGUCAACGGCAGCAAGAGGCGAUCAUACGGCGACGCAUUUGUGAGAGGAAACAACGUCAUGUACAUCUCGGCAGACUCUUAGGGGGCGCGGAUGAAGAUGUCAACAAUGGAUCGGUUACUGGACUCUAUCCACAAGCGAAGAGGUCUAUGAACGAGUCUAGAGUGCUCGGAAGGCGUCCUUUAUCAGAUCUACCAAUUCAGAAGAAAAUAUACCCUCAAUUGUACCAUA